GGCAUUUGAUGACCAAAAACGUAUGACAGAAGUGCAACGUUUUAGGAACGUUUUCAUUAGUUUUUUUUUCUCUUGAAGUUUAGAUCAAAAUAACACGUUCUUGAGUUUGUUUGAAAUUGCCAUUUAAAAUUGUAAAUUACAGGAAGUGUUAUAUGAAUAUAGGCGCCAGUUUGCAUGUUGCGCGCCUAUAUCGCUGAUCUGCGAGUGACAGCCGAACAAGACCGUGGACAUCUCAGAAGAACAUUUGACAAACCCGGUGAAUGUGUCGUCGAUCUUCACCAGCACUAGCUGCACAAUGGAUGUCAACUCAUUCUGCAUAGUCCUCCACAGCCAAUUAGAAGUCCUCAUUAACAUUAGUAUACGCAGCUAACAACUGCCUUUUGUGUCACUGCUCUCCUCUCCUUAUCGUAUAACGAGAUAGGAAAGGAACAGGGCAUAGCUUGUUUUUCUUAGAUUGACUAGUCUUCCUCUUAAUCUAAAAAUCAACAUAUUUAUUUAUUUAACGUCAGCGAACAAAUACCUCAUUAACUAAAAAAAAAACAGUACUUGACAUAAGAUAUUGAGAUUAGCUUUAUUUAUCGAAUAGGUUAAUAUUUUGCCGUUCAUCUUGCACAGUCCUUUCGAAAACAAACCAAAGAAAUUAGACGAAUUUUUACAACAAUGGAAACCACCACUUUCGCGACCUUUGAAACCAUUACGGAAAUCUCCCCGGCUUUUGGAGACAUGUCACAUUACCUUUGGCUUCUGAUCCUGGGCUUCGUCAUCGCGUUCAUCUUGGCCUUCUCGGUCGGGGCCAAUGACGUGGCUAAUUCGUUUGGCACGGCGGUGGGUUCUGGUGUGGUCACCUUACGCCAGGCCUGCAUCCUGGCCACCGUAUUUGAGACGGUGGGCGCUAUGCUUCUGGGAGCCAAAGUCAGCGAGACCAUUCGGAAGGGCAUCAUCGACGUGAACAUGUACAAUGGCUCCGAGCCCCUGCUCAUGGCCGGCUCCAUCAGUGCCAUGUUUGGAUCGGCUGUUUGGCAACUUCUGGCUUCGUUUUUGAAGCUGCCCAUCUCUGGAACGCACUGCAUUGUGGGUGCCACGAUUGGGUUUUCCAUGGUAGCCAAAGGUCCCAAAGGGGUCCAUUGGAUGGAACUGAUCAGGAUUGUGACGUCCUGGUUUCUCUCUCCUCUGCUGUCUGGAAUCAUGUCUGCUGUUCUCUUUUAUUUCGUGCGCAGAUUCAUCUUGAAUAAGGAGGAUCCAGUACCCAACGGAUUACGCGCCCUGCCAAUCUUCUACGCAGUUACCAUGGCGAUCAACCUGUUCUCCAUCAUGUUCACUGGCGCUCCACUGUUGGGGUUUGACAGGGUACCAUGGUGGGGUACUCUUCUCAUCUCGCUGGGCUGUGCUGUGGUGACUGCCAUGGUGGUGGUGUUUGUCGUGUGCCCACGCCUGAAGAAGAAAAUUAAACGUGAAAUGGCCUCUAACCCUUGCGAGACGCCGCUGGUUGAGAAGAAGCCCACUGAACCUGCCCCCCAAGAACAUCCCCUCACAUCCCAUACCUACGCCCCUGUACCACAGGCACCAUCUGCCGAAGACAACAAAGUGGCCUUUGACAUCGGUGACUCGGAGGAAACUGACCUAGACAACAAGGAAUUUGAUACCAAAGACCUGGAAUGCACCAAUGCACUUAAUGGCACGGUGGGCGGGGUCAUUCCCGACCUUAAUGGAGCCAAUUUCCACACUGUGCACAAAGACUCGGGCCUGUACAAGGAUCUGCUGCAUAAGCUCCACUUGGCCAAAGUGGGCGACUGCAUGGGAGAGACGGGCGAGCGACCAAUCCGUCGCAACAACAGUUACACGUCCUACACGAUGGCCAUUUACGGUAUCCACGGCUCCUCCAGCCAAAGCGAUUUCAGCCGGACCGGAGAGGAAGGCGAGAAGAGGCGAACCAGGAUGGACAGCUACAACAGCUACUGCACGGCGGUGGCGGACGGUGCUCAGGCAGCGGGCGAGGACAGGGCUCCGGACGUGGAGGUGGGAGAUGAGGCCAGCAGGGAGGAUUCUCUGGGGGAGGAGGAGUUGGACGAGCUGGAGGUGGACAAACCUGAGGUGUCUAUACUCUUCCAGUUCCUGCAGAUCCUGACUGCUUGCUUCGGGUCCUUCGCCCACGGAGGCAACGACGUCAGUAAUGCGAUUGGUCCUCUGGUUGCUCUCUGGCUGGUGUACGAUAACGCCUCUGUGGUGUCUAACUCUCCCACACCCAUCUGGCUGCUCCUCUACGGGGGAGUGGGUAUCUGUGUCGGGCUUUGGGUGUGGGGUCGCAGGGUCAUCCAAACCAUGGGCAAAGACCUCACGCCCAUCACCCCUUCCAGUGGAUUUAGCAUUGAGCUGGCCUCUGCCGUGACUGUAGUUGUGGCUUCUAACGUUGGACUCCCAGUCAGUACUACCCACUGCAAGGUGGGCUCCGUGGUAGCGGUCGGCUGGCUGCGCUCCAGGAAAGCGGUUGACUGGCGUCUCUUCCGGAACAUCUUUAUAGCCUGGUUUGUGACGGUGCCGAUCUCCGGACUCAUCAGCGCAGCCAUCAUGGCCCUGUUCACAUACGUUAUCCUGUGAACCAACAAAUGACUGGGAACAAACGCACCCCUGGAGCUCUGUUUUCUAUUGUAAAUGCUUUCAACUACCUAAUUAGGAUUGUCUGUAUUUGCUUCACUGUGCCUCUGUGUCAAAUUUAGGUUUCCGUUUUCAGUGGAAAUAUCAAAAUGAUCUGUACUGUACAUAGAUAAUCAUUGCCCAGAUUCACUGUGUUUAUGAAACAUGUUUGUAAUUUUCAUAUGUAUUUCUAAUGCCUAAAUUAGAAGUUUGAACAGAAUAAUCAUGGCUGUCGAUUUAAAAGCGUACCCAAAGUUCAGUUGAGGACUAAAGAUUAUUCCAAAUUUUAGAGAAUGUAAAUUAUUUUAUAUAUCAGUAAUCUUACCCACAGUUUGGGAGGAACUAAAUGAUGAUUUUAUAUAUUUUAUAGAAACUAUAUCUGUAGGCCUCAAUAAGGCAGGAUUCUGGUUUUGCUUUUUUUGGGAUGUACUUGCACGACAAUAAAAGCAAAUCAGCCCAGC